CAUCAAGCCCAAAGUCAUAAUAUGAGUGAUGAAUCAAGCUUUAAUAAUAGUGAUUCAGAUGAUUUGUCAGUAAAUGUUGCAGGUUCUGAAGAACCUAUUUUACGAAAUAUUGCAGACAUUGAAACGAGAUGGAACUCAAAGUAUCAUUCAUGGAAGCAGCUGCUUAAAUUGCAUAGAGCAAUAGAAUGGUUAGUUGCAACACUACCUUUGUCAGAUAAUCUGGAUGAUAGAGCUGAUGGUCAAAAGUUAAAAAAAUUAGCUUUAUUAUCUCACGAGUGGAAUUUAUUAAGUCAGAUUGUAACUUUAAUAGAACUGUUUGAUGAUGCUACUACCUAUUUUAGUAGUUCCAAAUAUGCUAUCUUAUCAAUUAUAUAUCCUUUAAUUCAAGCUUUAAAAUAUACAUUUGCUGAUACUGAAAUAACUGAUGAUAUUUUAUAUGAAGAAGAUACUCCAAAUUUUCAUCAUGAAGAAUCAUCCGAUGAUGAUAGUGAUGAAUUAGAUCUUGAAAUUUCAGAAGCUACAACAAACUGUCGCCAAAAACAUUCAACUACAAUUGUCUCUACUAAUUUAGCUAAUAAUUCUUUACAAAAUGCUCAAGUAAUUAAAACAAUGCAAAACAUAAUUUAUAAUUCAUUGUUUGAUUACUGGAAUGAACCUGUAAUGACUGCUAAGAUUGAAUUAACACAUCAAUUUGAAGUAUUAAUUGCUUCAAAUUUGGAACAAACAAUUGCAUCAAUGCAUACGACUUCAAAAAAUAAUAAUAUUCACUGUAGUCAUUUACAUUUGUCAAUUUUUGGCACCUCUGCAAAUAAUACUACUUCUGGUCCUUUAGAUGAAUGA